AUGCAUCUUCCUAGCGAUACAAGGAAGGUUGCUUUUGUUAUAGUUGUUGUAAUAAGCUACAUUGUGGGGCCAUGGCCAGUUUCAUGUCAACAGAGUGGUUCGAGUGGUGGUGCUGGCGUUGAGAUAUUCGCACAAGAAAUGUAUCGUGGCAUGUCCAAUUAUACAUAUGUGUUCAAGGGUGCAAUUAAAAAAGAAUUGGGCUAUUGCAUAGUUGAUGUGGACGCUGAUUGGGAUGGGGCGUUCAAUUUCACCAAAGAUCUUACCUUUUUGACCAUGUGUGCCCAGCAAAUGAAAGGAGAUAUUACUCAACGCUUGUGCACAGCAGGGGAAAUAGAAGCCUAUGCUCGAAGUUUCGCUUCAGGGGACAAGUCAGGAACCAAAUCAAACUUUUUGAAGCCCAACAUAAAUUGUAAUAUGAGUUCAUGGGUUAAUGGUUGUGAACCAGGAUGGGGGUGUAGAGCUAAUCAAAAAGUAGACCUUAAUAGUAACAAGAAGGAUAUACCUAUUAGAUCUGCUGAAUGCCUACCAUGUUGUGAAGGUUUCUUUUGCCCUCGUGGUCUCACAUGCAUGAUACCUUGUCCUUUGGGUUCUUACUGUCCACGUGCAGAACUCAAUAAAACUAGUGGAAUAUGUGAACCAUAUCGUUAUCAGCUACCUCCUGGAAAGCCUAACCAUACUUGUGGAGGGGCAGAUAUUUGGGCAGAUAUUACAAGUAGCAGUGAGGUAUUUUGUUCAGCAGGGUCAUUUUGUCCCUCUACAAUCGUAAAAAAUCCUUGCAAUAAGGGGUAUUACUGCAGAACAGGUUCUACUGCUCAAGAGAGGUGUUUUAGGUUGGCAACCUGUGAGCCUAAAUCAGCAAAUCAAAAUAUCACUGCAUAUGGUGUCCUGGUUUUUGCUGGCUUGUGUUUCUUGCUUAUUAUCAUAUACAAUUGUUCUGACCAAGUUCUUGCAACAAGAGAAAGAAGACAAGCAAAAUCAAGAGAAAGGGCUGCUCAAAGUGUAAGAGAAUCACAAGCACGUGAAAAGUGGAAAUCUGCUAAAGAUAUUGCCAAGAAACAUGCAGUAGGAUUGCAAUCACAGUUAUCACGUACAUUUUCUCGCAAAACAACUUCAAGAAAGCCAGAUUUGAAAGGUUUUGGCUCUAAACAUUCAGAUUUACCCCCUGUUGUUGGUCCAUCAAAAGGAAAGAAAAAGGAUAAAAAUAACCUCUCAAAAAUAAUAAAUGAUAUUGAGGAAAACCCUGAUAGUGAAGAAGGGUUUAAUGUUCAGAUAGGAGAUAAAAAUGUUAAAAAGCAAGCACCAAGGGGAAAGCAGUUGCAUACUCAAAGCCAAAUUUUCAAGUAUGCAUAUGGUCAAAUUGAGAAAGAAAAGGCUUUACAGGAACAAAACAAAAACUUGACAUUUUCGGGAGUAAUUUCAAUGGCUAGUGAUAUUGAAAUAAGGAAGAGGCCUACAAUUGAGGUUGCUUUCAAAGAUUUAACACUUACUUUAAAAGGGAAAAAUAAACAUCUAUUAAGAUGUGUGACUGGUAAACUACAUCCUGGCAGAGUUUCAGCAGUCAUGGGCCCUUCUGGGGCUGGUAAGACAACAUUUCUUUCAGCUUUAACUGGAAAAGCAACUGGAUGUCACACAACUGGACAAGUUCUUGUAAAUGGCCAAGAAUCUUCUAUUAGAUCAUACAAGAAGAUCAUUGGAUUUGUGCCACAAGAUGAUAUUGUGCAUGGCAAUUUGACAGUGGAAGAGAAUUUGUGGUUCAGUGCUAGAUGCAGACUUUCUGCUGAUCUUCCAAAAGAAGAGAAAGUGUUAGUGGUUGAAAGAGUCAUUGAGGCCUUAGGUCUACAGGCAAUAAGGGAUUCUCUAGUUGGAACAGUGGAGAAGAGAGGAAUCUCUGGAGGUCAAAGGAAAAGAGUAAAUGUUGGACUUGAAAUGGUGAUGGAACCUUCCCUUCUAAUUUUGGAUGAGCCUACAUCCGGUUUGGACAGCUCAUCUUCUCAGUUACUUCUUAGAGCACUUAGGCGUGAAGCUCUUGAAGGAGUAAACAUAUGCGUGGUACUUCAUCAACCGAGUUACACCUUAUUCAAGAUGUUUGAUGAUUUUAUACUGCUUGCAAAAGGUGGUCUUACUGUGUAUCAUGGACCCAUAAACAAAGUGGAAGAGUACUUUUCCAGUAUGGGCAUUGUUGUCCCUGAUCGUGUUAACCCUCCAGAUUAUUACAUUGACAUUUUAGAAGGAAUAGUAAAACUUAGUCCAAGCACAGGAGUGAACUAUAAACAACUACCUGUUAGAUGGAUGCUUCAUAAUGGGUACCCAGUGCCCAUGGAUAUGUUACAAACUGUAGAAGGAAUGGCCACCACAAGUGAAGGUUCAACGCAUGGAGCAGCAAAUCCUGCAGAGAAUGCUGAAGCACCCUCUUUUGCUGGAGAACUUUGGCAGGAUGUAAAGUGCAAUGUUGAGAUGAAGAAGGAAACCCUUCAUCAUAACUUCUUAAAUUCAAAUGAUUUGUCUAAUAGGAUGACACCAGGAGUGUUCACACAAUACAAAUACUUUCUCGGAAGAGUUGGUAAGCAGAGGCUAAGAGAAGCUAGAACACAAGCUGUAGAUUUUCUGAUUUUACUACUAGCUGGUCUCUGCUUAGGAACACUUGCAAAAGUGAGUGAUGAAACAUUUGGGGCAACCGGUUACACAUACACUGUAAUAGCAGUAUCACUUCUUUCCAAGAUUGCGGCUUUGAGAUCAUUCUCAUUGGAUAAGUUGCACUACUGGAGGGAAAGCUCUUCAGGCAUGAGUAGCCUGGCUUACUUUCUUUCAAAGGAUACUGUAGACCAUUUCAGUACAAUUAUCAAACCUCUAGUUUAUCUUUCCAUGUUCUAUUUCUUCAACAAUCCAAGAUCAUCUGUCACAGAUAACUACUUUGUUCUGCUGUGUCUAGUAUAUUGUGUCACUGGCAUAGCUUAUGUGUUAGCAAUCUUCUUUCAACCAGGUCCAGCUCAGCUGUGGUCAGUGUUACUCCCAGUAGUUUUGACUCUUGUGGCAACCUAUGAUAAUGAAGAAGAUAGCAGUAUUGUGCGCUUUAUAUCUGAUUUGUGCUACACCAAGUGGGCCCUUGAAGCAUUUGUAAUAUCAAAUGCAAAAAGAUAUGCUGGAGUUUGGUUAAUAAGUCGAUGUGGUGCACUUCAUUCCUAUGGCUAUGAUCUCAAAGAUUGGUACCAAUGUUUAGGCCUUCUUAUCGUAACAGGAAUUAUUAGCCGUAUGCUUGCAUUUUUUUGUAUGAUAACCUUCCAAAAGAAAUAG